AUGCUGGAUACCUGGAACCUGGAGUCCCUCAACCUCUGUGGCCCCUCCAUGACCCCUCUACACACCCCAAGAGCCGGUCUAGGCCCUGUUCACACUCUGGGAGAAAGUCUGGGCCUGUUCACACUCCCGGAGCACUUCAGGGCCUGUUCACACCCCUGGAACCCUGGUUCACUGAUACACACCAUCCUAGGACGCUCCAACAGCCUCAGCCCCUCCACGCGGCACCGCCCACAUACCACUCCAGGAGGAUAUAAGCGCCCGCAGUGCCUCACGCGCUCCACUGUGACGGAGACUCAGGAUUCAGAAGGGCAGAACAGUGGACAGAAGAUGGCGCUCCUCAUCUGUGCUCUGGUGUGUGCCCUCCUCAGCAGUGCCUGUGCCGGCCCGGCCAAACUGCUGCUGCACCAUAAAGCACACAUCAGAGACUCAGACUCAGACUCAGACCAGGACUCAGACCAGGACAGGAUGAACAUGUGGAGGUUCUACACAGCCACGAGAUCCUCCAGCGAGUCCCAGUCCUCCGAGGAGUCUUCAGAAGACAAACGCCUCACUCAGGCUCCUCCCACAGAGCUGCCCCCUGCCGGCUCCACCCCUCCCACCGGGCUCCCUGUCACCAUGACAACAGGCCUGCCCGGGACACACCUGCCCACAAUGGUCACUGGCUGUGUGACUGUGGACAUCUCCACAGAGCCCCCAGUCACCAUCCGCAGAGGGGACGCCUAACACGGACUGAACAUGAACUCACUGAGCUUCACUUUCACUGCUCUUUUCACAACUCACAACUUAUCUACCCCAGAAAAGUGAACUAAUGUUUGUUUCUAAAAGAACCCAAACCAAAAGCCUACUGCUAAGACACAGACGAGCCCACAGCCAUGUCCACAAGAGAAAACUUAAAGAGGGCUAUUUAUUCUCUUUUUGUAGCUUUCUACCAUCAUCUAACUUUGUUCCCUCAAAGACAAAAACAUUUGUGUUUUAUACGUCAUCCUUGCAUGUUGCAAUAUUCUUGCGAUCUCUCCCAAUGCUAUUUGAAUCCUCCUUACAUUUUGCAGUUCAAGCCUGUACAAGUUUCCAUCCACAAGUCUUUGGAAUCCAGUCUCCUGCACAAAACAGAACACUACAACUUCACAAACCUGAUGCAAUGUGCAGUAGUUUCAUUAUUAAAAUUAGGUAGUGCUCUAAAGGGGGAUUGAAAGAGGCAUCCAUCCAUCCAAUUUCUUCCGCUUAUCCAGGGCCAAAUCAUGGGGUCAGCAGUCUAAGCAGGCUUCCUUCACCCCGGGCACUUCCUCCAGCUCCUCCGGGGAAGGCCAUUCCCAGGCCAGCCCAGAGACAAAGUCCCUCCAGCACACCCAGGAAGCAUCAGAACAGAUGCCCUCCCCUCAGCUGCUCCUCUCGACGUGGAGGAACAGUGUCUCUACUCCGAGUUCCUCCUGUGUGACUGAGCUCCUCACCCUAUCUCUAAGGGAGCACCCAGCCACCCAGCAGAGGAAACUCAUUUGUGCCACUUGUAUCAGUGAUCUGGUCCUUUCGGUCAUUACCCAGAGCUCAUGACCACAGGUUAGUGGAGGAACGAAGACUGACAGUAAAUCAAGAGCUUUGCCUUUCUGCUCAGCUCCCUCGUCACUACAACACUCUGAUACAGUGACAGCAUCACUGCUGACGCUGCACUGAUCCACCUGCCAAUGUCACGCUCCAUCCUCCCCUCACUCGUGAACAAGACCCAUGACGUUCAUGAAUAGGGCUGAGUAUCAUUAAGAAGAUGCCGAUACGAUACAUACCUCGAUACAUAGGCCACAAUACCAUACACAUCUUGAUACAGUGCACUUUUGAUUCAAUGUAUGUAUUCAAUGUAAAUAUAUUACAACCUUAUCUAUAAAAAAAUGUCAAAUCUGUCACAUAAA